GUUCUUGACUGAAAUGUAGUAAUCUAGCUGGCUAAUUCAGUGUCACACUGACUAGUACGUUAUGUGACAUAUGGGUGACUCCCUCUUGAUGAUGUCAUCAGUGGUAUUACACACACAGUGGGCAUCUCAGACUCACGGUCAAGGCUAUUCCUGCUCUUUCAACGUGCCAAAUCUAUCAUUAUGCGUGAGAUCGUUCAUCUACAGAUCGGACAGUGUGGAAAUCAGAUCGGCUCAAAGUUCUGGGAGGUGAUCAGUGAUGAACAUGGUAUUAACAGAACAGGAGCGUAUGAGGGCGACAUGGACGUUCAGCUGGAGAGGGUCAAUGUUUACUUCAAUGAAGCACAUGGUGGCAAAUAUGUUCCAAGAGCAUUGUUAGUGGACCUGGAGCCAGGGACUAUGGACAGCGUGAGGGGCAGUCACAUAGGACAGCUUUUCAGACCGGAUAACUUUAUACACGGCAAUUCUGGAGCCGGCAAUAACUGGGCCAAAGGUCACUAUACUGAGGGCGCAGAACUUGUGGAGCAGGUCGUGGAUCGCGUUCGUAACGAAGCCGAGAGCUGCGACUGCAUGCAGGGCUUUCAGUUCAUCCACUCUCUGGGCGGUGGCACCGGUUCGGGAAUGGGUACCCUGAUUAUCAACAAGAUCCGAGAAGAGUAUCCUGACCGCAUCAUGAAUAGUUUCAGCGUAAUGCCCUCACCGAAGGUCUCCGAUACAGUAGUCGAGCCGUAUAACGCGACCCUAUCGAUCCACCAGCUGAUUGAGAAUACAGACGAGACGUAUUGUAUUGAUAACGAAGCGCUGUACGAUAUCUGCUUCCGCACUCUUAAGCUCACAACACCAACUUAUGGAGAUCUCAACCACCUUGUAUCCCUCACCAUGAGCGGGGUCACGACCUCCCUCCGCUUCCCAGGUCAGCUAAACGCUGACCUUCGGAAGCUUGCCGUCAAUAUGGUGCCCUUCCCGCGUCUCCAUUUCUUCAUGCCUGGUUUCGCUCCUCUCACAGCACGCGGGAGCCAACAAUACCGUGCCCUAACGGUGCCCGAGCUCACCCAGCAGAUGUUCGACGCCCGAAAUAUGAUGACCGCGUGCGACCCGCGUCGAGGGCGCUAUCUCACAGUGGCAGGCAUUUUCCGUGGUCGCAUGUCCACUAAAGAGGUCGACGAGCAAAUGCUAGCCAUUCAGCAGAAGAACAGCAAUUACUUCGUGGACUGGAUCCCUCACAACGUCAAAGUGGCCGUUUGCGACAUCCCGCCACGAGGCCUCAAAAUGGCCUCCACCUUCAUCGGAAACAACACCGCCAUCCAGGAGAUUUUCAAGCGCAUAGGAGAGCAGUUCUCGCUCAUGUUUCGACGCAAGGCCUUCCUGCAUUGGUACACGGGGGAGGGCAUGGAUGAGCUGGAGUUCACCGAGGCCGAGAGCAACCUGAAUGAUUUGGUUUCAGAGUACCAGCAAUAUCAGGAUGCCACCGCCGACAUGGAUUACGAUGCAGAAGAUGAAGUGACAGAGGAGGAGGGUCUGUCAUCAACAGCACGCAGCACCCUAGUGGAGAUUAAGACUGAGGUGGUCACUGAAACUUCUGUCAGCGAAUGACGCGUGGGCUUUAGUGAAUUUGGCAAGAGUGGAUCUGAUUGUGUGAAGAGUGGGAACAUUCAGUGGCCCCAAAAAGUAUUUCGACACUCGAGAUACAGUUAAAAUUAAUAAAUGAAUUACAAUGCAUUAGAAAAAAAUGUUUGGCUUGAAAGGUGUGCUUUUAAAAAUAUAUAGUUUACAUAAUUAAAUGAUAAUGUGCCUUACGUGUUCAAAUACUAUUUGAAGCCAUUGUUCAUUGCAAACUGUGAAAUAUUUUUGACCUCCAGGAUAAACUUGUGAAUUACACAAAAAUAAACAGGAUAAUUCAAAAUUCAAAUACAAAAAUUCAAAUCCAAUUUUCUUAUUCUUAUAUAUUUUCAAAAGUCUGGGGUCGAUAUGUUUGAAAGUCUCACCAAGGCUGCAUUUAUUUAAUCAGAAUACAGUAAAACAGCAAUAUUGUGAAUAUUAUUUAUAAUAUAUAUAUGACCCUGAACCACAAAACCAGUCAUAAGUCGCACAUGUAUAUUUUGUAUCAAUAGCCAACAAUACAUUGUAUGGGUCAAAAUGAUCGAUUUUUCUUUUAUGCCAAAAAUCAUUAGGAUAUGAAGUAAAGAUCAUGUUCCAUGAAGAUAUUAUGUAAAUUUUCUACCGUAAAUAUAUCAAAAUUUAACUUGUAACUUAGUAAUAUGUAUUGCUAAGAACUUCAUUUGGACAACUUCAAAGGUGAUUUUCUCAAUAUUUAUAAUUUUGUGCACCCUCAGAUUCCAGAUUUUCAAAUGUAUCUCAAUCGAAUAUUGUCCCAUUCUAACGAACCAUCAUCAAUGUAAAGUUUAUUUAUUCAGCUUUUUAGAUGAUGUACAAAUCUCAAUUUCAAAAAAUUGACCCUUAUGACUGGUUUUGUGGUCCAGGGUCGCAUUUUAUGAAAUGUAAUUUAUUUCUGGGAUAGAAAGCAGAACUUUCAAAAAAAAAAAAAAAAAAAAAAAAAAUCUUAUUAUAAUUAAUGUUGAAAACAGUUCAGGAUUCUUUGGUGAACAUUUUUUAAAUGGAAAUAUUUUGUAUCACUAUAUAAAUGUUACAUUUGAUCAAUUUAAUGCAUCCUUAUCAAAUAAAAGUAUUCAUUCCUUUAAAGAAACAAUCUCACUAACCCCAGACUUUUGAACGGUAGCGUAAAGCUUAUUGUAAAGCUAAAGAUAUUAAAAAAUGAUUCUAUAUUGAUCACCUGAGAACACAAAAAAACUAAUUCUGUAUGUUCUGUAAUAAUGAAAUCUAUACAUAUAGAAAAAUAUAGGGAAAAAGAAAUAUUGUUAAUUUUUCUUUUGUGUGGUGUAAUAGUGCUAUAUAGAGGCUUAAAUUCUUCUGUCGUUGUUUGUCAUCAAUAUUCAAAAUGCUACAUUUAUGUUUUUGCUAAUUUUGCUUUCCCUUUAGUUUAAAAGCAUGAAAAUUUAUAAACUUUCAGAAUAUAUUUGAUGCAUCUGCAUUGUAUGUGAGCAUCUAUAAUGCUACAAACUUUCAUGUGUUUACCAUUUCAUUGUCAUUUAUGUCAUGCACCGAUUCGUUUUCUUACAAAAUGCAUUAAAAUAAAAAUGAAGACAA